UUUCCAUACCCUCGCGUCUUUGAGCAAAAUCCAAGAUGGCGUACUACGGUCAACAACAGGCAUACGGACAGCAGGCCCCUGGAUUUGACCAAAACUUCUUAUGGAACAUCUUCCAGAAGGUUGAUAAGGACAGAAGUGGGGCAAUUUCUUCCAAUGAACUUCAACAAGCACUGUCAAAUGGAACUUGGACCCCUUUCAACCCAGAGACAGUCCGUCUUAUGAUUGGAAUGUUUGACAGGGAUAACAAUGGUACUAUCAACUUCCAAGAGUUUUCAAGCCUUUGGAAGUACAUCACAGACUGGCAGAAUACCUUCCGCAGUUAUGACCGUGACAACUCUGGAAGCAUUGAUAGAAAUGAAUUAAAAACAGCUUUAACAAACUUUGGUUACAGAUUGUCUGAUAGAUUUUAUGACAUUUUAAUCAAGAAGUUUGAUCGAUCUGGUCGAGGUGUUGUUAACUUUGAUGACUUUAUUCAGUGCUGUGUGGUUAUUCAGAUGUUAACAAGUGCAUUCCAGAACUAUGACACCAACAGGAAUGGCUGGAUCACUAUCGGCUAUGAACAGUUUCUUUCAUUGGUCUUCAGCAUCAAGACCUAACUGACAAGCCAGCCAUCACUAAUUUACUCUUGUUGAGAAUGCUAAUUAACCAUUAUUGAGACAAUUCUAGAGUUCUGUAACUACAACCUUUGUUAUUUAAUAUUAUAGUUUGUAGUCACUAAAAAGCCAUUGGGAUAAAAUUAAUGAAUUAGCAUGUAUUCAAAUUACAUAGCAAUAGGAUAGACCUUUCCUUAAUUCACUUGAGUGUCCAAAUUGUGGUGGAACUUGACAUGUUCAUACGUUUACUGUGAAUUAUCAAGACCAACCUUGACUUGAAGCAAUUGUUUUAUGGUUAUUCAAGUAAAUUUUGGAAAUAUCUAUUUUUUAAAUAUAUAUUUCAUGUACAAAUUUGCAGUAUACUAGUUAUUUGUAAUGUUUUUCUUUGCGAGCAUAUGACCUUUGUGUAAGAAUCUAUUCUGUGCCUUGAAGUUACAAAUGAUCACAGUAGUUCAACAUCUAAUUUAUUCAACCGAUGAUCAACUGAUUCAAUGAGUGAAGUGAAAGAAAUUCAUUUAUAUCAUUUGUAAGGUUAUUACACUAGGAUAAGCUCAAAAUAUGCCUUGUAUUGUCUUUUAGUGUUGUGUUAGAUUUAAGACAAGCUAGCUAGACCAAUGGAGUAUGCAACCAUUAGCACUGAUUGCCAGCAAUGAAAUGCACCUUGGAAUAUUUUUCCAGAAGAUGGACAGUUAAAGAGUGCAAUUUUUGCUUGGAACAAAAUAGAAUGUUACAAAGAAACACUAUAAAAUAUGUCAAACUAAAUGUGGUGUUUUAUGUACACUGCUAGCAGAACUCACUUUUCAUCUUUCUAUUUUUCCCAAGUCAUUCAAUUUACUGGUUUUUUGUGCUUGAUGCUUAGAAAGAACCAUGAAAAAAAA